AUGGUGUUCUCCAUGCGAAGCCUGCCUGGAGACAGUGAUUUGGUUGGUGAAGCCAAGUUUCUGGGGGUUACUUUGGAUCCAAGAUUGCAAUGGGGCCUUCACAUUGACAGUGUUGCUGGAAAGGCCACCAAAGGUAUAUAUGUGCCACGGUGUCUGUCUUCUUGUGUUUCUGUAGCCAUAUUGAGAAUGGCUUACUUUGCCAUUUGCCAUUCACACAAUCCUACGCCAUUCUGGCUUGGGGGCAUUCUUCAGCGGUCCAUAGACUGUUCGCCUUGCAAAGAAAAGCAGUUAGGGUUGUGAGCCGUUUGGGCUACAGGGACGAUUGCAGAGAUACCUUUGUCAAGUUGGGAAUCCUUACUGUGC